GUAGAUAGUGAACUAAAGUCUUACUCUUACAACAAGGCCUCUAGUUCGUUUUCUUCAUCCAUUUGAAUUCCCAAAUCCAAUUCCAAAUGCAUAACUGAAACUAAAAAUAAAAAACAACAGGCUCUCCUUCAAUUUUUUGUUUGAUUGUUGUUUUAAUAAAUGGGAACUCUGACUACGAGCUGUAGUUUUAGUUUUUCGGCCCCCGUAUGGAAUAGGACGAGGAGGAAUUCAUGUUUGUUGUGCAGAGUCAGACAAACAUCGUGUUCAUUUAGCUUCAAGUCGAAGAGGAAGAGGACUACGAGAGUGGAUUAUUUCAAUUUUUAUAGGUUUAAGUGUUUUAGCGGCGUUCACAAUGACAGUAAUGGCGAUGAAGAAGAGAGUAGUGCUGAACCUUCGACUUCCCCGGCAACCACCGCGGCACCGCCUGAAGAACCAACGGCCGGCGACAAAAAGACGCCGCCUUCUUCAAGGCCUCCAACUAUAUCACCGGUUGGACCGGCAUACAACAGUUUCCAAGUUGAUUCUUUUAAACUGAUGGAACUCCUUGGGCCCGAGAAGGUCGAUCCUGCUGAUGUAAAGUUGAUUAAGGAUAAGCUUUUUGGCUUUUCUACCUUCUGGGUUACUAAAGAAGAGCCAUUUGGAGACCUUGGUGAGGGCAUUCUUUUCCUUGGGAAUUUAAGGGGAAAGAGAGAAGAGGUGUUUGCCAAACUUCAGAGUCAGUUGAUUGAGGUCACUGGAAAUAAGUACAACCUUUUUAUGGUUGAGGAACCCAAUUCAGAAGGACCAGACCCACGUGGUGGUCCACGUGUUAGCUUUGGUUUGCUGCGAAAGGAGGUUUCAGAACCAGGGCCAACGACACUUUGGCAGUAUGUGAUUGCUCUCUUGUUAUUCCUUCUAACCAUUGGUUCCUCUGUGGAGUUAGGAAUUGCAUCUCAGAUCAAUCGACUUCCACCAGAGGUAGUGAAAUACUUCACAGAUCCAAAUGCCAUUGAACCACCAGAUAUGGAACUGCUAUUUCCUUUUGUGGAGUCUGCUUUGCCCCUGGCAUAUGGUGUCUUGGGAGUUCUACUAUUUCACGAAGUUGGGCACUUUCUGGCUGCUUUCCCAAAGAAAGUAAAGCUAAGCAUACCUUAUUUUAUUCCCAACAUUACCCUUGGCAGCUUUGGUGCAAUUACUCAGUUCAAAUCUAUUCUUCCUGAUCGGAGUACAGAGGUUGACAUAUCAAUUGCUGGUCCAGUUGCUGGUGCUGCCCUGUCUUUUUCAAUGUUUGCUGUUGGACUAUUGCUCUCAUCAAAUCCAGGUGCUGCAGGAGAUUUAGUGCAGGUUCCAAGCAUGUUGUUUCAAGGUUCUUUGCUUCUUGGACUCAUCACUAGAGCUACGCUUGGUUAUGCAGCAAUGCAUGCUGCAACAGUUUCGAUUCAUCCUCUUGUGAUUGCAGGAUGGUGUGGUUUAACAACAUCAGCUUUUAAUAUGCUUCCAGUGGGUUGCCUUGAUGGUGGAAGAGCUGUGCAGGGGGCUUUUGGAAAAAAUGCGCUAAUUGGAUUUGGUUUGACAACUUACACAUUGCUUGGAUUGGGAGUGCUUGGUGGACCUUUGUCACUUCCUUGGGGACUAUAUGUGUUAAUAUGUCAGAGAACUCCAGAGAAGCCAUGCUUGAAUGAUGUGACAGAGGUUGGAACAUGGAGGAAAAUACUUGUUUCAGCGUGUAUUUUCCUUGUUGGUUUGACACUUCUUCCUGUAUGGGAUGAGCUUGCAGAGGAGCUAGGUAUAGGUCUUGUAACUACAUUUUGAUGUGUACCACGCAUAGAGUAAGGCCAAUUUUUAAAACUAAAAUCAAAUUAAUUAUCAAGCCAUAGCUAUAGUGAGUCAUGUACAAUGUCAAUAUGUUUACAGCUUUAUUAUAAUUAUUCUUUUCCCUUUAAAUAAAAUUUUUGUUACCUUUUUCUA